GCAUAUGCAGCGGCUCCCCGUCAUCCUCACUGCUACACUGAGACACAGACGCACAAGAUCCGCUGGGAUUCCUCCUGAUAUUCAGCAUCACUCGUGCGGUCGGAAUGGAGAUGUUGAAUACUCGACUUAAAUAAGGAAAAGUCCUCGCAGAGAUCAAGAUGGUGUCGUGGAUCAUUUCGCGGAUGGUGGUCCUGGCCUUUGGGACCCUCUACCCAGCCUAUUCCUCUUAUAAGGCUGUGAAGACGAAAAACGUCAAGGAAUAUGUGAAAUGGAUGAUGUACUGGAUAGUAUUUGCGUUAUUUACGACAGCAGAGACGAUCACAGAUAUGCUUCUCUCUUGGUUUCCGUUUUAUUUUGAGCUGAAGAUUGCCUUUGUUAUCUGGCUGUUGUCCCCAUACACCAAGGGCUCCAGCGUGCUGUACCGCAAGUUUGUGCACCCCACGCUCUCCAAUAAAGAGAAGGAAAUUGAUGAGUACAUAACCCAGGCUAAAGACCGCAGUUAUGAGACCAUGAUGCGGUUUGGGAAGAGAGGACUCAACAUUGCUGCCACUGCAGCAGUCACAGCCGCCACAAAGGGUCAGGGUGUGUUAUCAGAGAAGCUGCGUAGUUUCAGCAUGCAGGAUCUGACUCUGAUUCAGAACGAGGACGAGCUGCAGCUGGACGGCACAGAUGAUACACACACUGCUGCCACGCUACCUCGGGCUAAAACAGCCACACGUACAGUUCGUGCCACACCCAUACCGGCUGACACUGAAUCGCAGCUCAGCUCUCGCUCUGAUGACCAGUCAGAUAGCAGGACGGAGCAUUCAGAUGAAGAUGCUGCAGAUAAGGCCCCCAAACGCACCACAAGCGUCAGAGCAGCCAAGAAACCAGCCGCUGCCAAGACAGAGCAGACCACCAAGGCAGUGAAGAAACAGCCAAAGAAGAAAACCACCACCACCACGGCCAACAACAAUGCUGAAUCACCAUGAGUCACAUUACGUUUAUCUAUCUCUGGACAACACACACAUUCACCUGCUUUCCCAGACUAACAUUAGUGCUCUUCGCUUCUACAAAUACAUUCUUACAACUGCAGAUACACACGUAAGAUGCAUCGCCUGAGGCUGUUUUUAUCUAGUAGGUUUAAUGCGGUGAAAAAGUUGCAUUCAUUUUGUGUUAUCACUUCCGUAAGCCUGGAUCUUGUCUUAUUCUCUGUAGGCCUUAAUAAUAGAGGGCGUCUCUGUAAAGCAUGAGAUCGGAAAGCAGUGCCUGCACAUCAACACUACUAAACCAACUCUCCCUUAUAACCACAAAAUCCAUCCCAGAGCUUCAUGUUUUCCAUAAUACAGGCCAAUUCCUCUUUUUUUAGCAUGUAGGACACACACUAUGGGACGAACAAGAAUCAGGAACAGAGAAAUCGGCCUAUUAAACGAACAGACUUGAUUUCCACACAAGUACAGCGUCCAUAGAGAGUUCUGGAGUUGCCCAGAGCACUUCUGUUCUCAUUCCGGGUCACAAAACAUCCCGAGAUCUGUUGUGAAUAUUCAUGAUCAAAGAGGUCAGAUGUCUACUGGAAGCUGCAGGCACUCAAACGCUCUUGCCGUUAAUAGCGCUUUUGUCAGCUGGGGCUGGAGGCGUCCAGCACACAUAAGCUACCCCUUGUGCUAAUUUUACAUUCGUGUAGUGUGAUGUUACACACUCUGAAUAUUAUAAAACCUUUGGCCAAGUGGUAGAUAAGACAGCAGGUGUCAUCUGGUGUUUUGCUAGUGUGCAAGAUGAAAACAGAAUCACAUGUUGGCGAGUUAAAAGACAAGAUUUCUCUGUCUUGAGUAAUCGGUUUCUAAAGACUGUUGAUUUUAAGUCAGCCAGGCUUUGUGUUGUUGUGGCUUGCUUAGCGAACUCAAAUAUUCCAUAUCAGUAAGUACUGAACAGACUAGGUUGGCACGGUGCGACGUUGAAAAUCAUCUUAAAAGGUGCUUUUAGAAAAUAUGCUGGCUUGAAACCUUCCGGUCCUUUUUUAAAAGGCAUCUUUCUUUUUUAAAUUGGAUCCUGUGAACCAAGUUUAUUCGAAACUGCAUGUAGCCCUAAAUCCAGAUGUGGGCAGUUGUGUUUCCCAGCACAGCUGUUCAGAAUUUAAAGAUCUUAACUUCAACUGCAGUUUGAAGGACGGUGUUUUGCAUUGCAACAUGUAAUAUCACUGAGAGCUGGUAGGGGGCGCUACUGUAUAGGAAAAGAGCACACUGCUCUCUCUCUGUGUGUUAGAUUGAAUGAUUACACAUGGGAAGCAGUUAUGAAUUAUAAUGCAUUUAGAUCUUGUGUUAAUUAGCUGAAAUUGACCUGAAACAUGUUAAUUUGUAUAAUAA